GGUACACGUUUAAACACCAAAAAGAACAUUCGGCUUUUGGACAAUUUCAAUUGUUCUGGGCGGAACCUUCACUUAUCCGAUCGCCGUAGGAAGCGAUAUUGUCUGAAUUGUGCACAUUUGUCAUUAGGUCAGCAUGAUAUCAUGUUUCUCAGGUUCUGUACGCAUAAUGCAGCAAGCACAUUUCCCGUUAUUUAUUUCCAUUUCACGAUGUUUCGCUAUCAGUUCAUGUCAAAUGAAGGUAAUCCAUUUUUUUUUCCCGAGGACUCAUCCAAGGGCCCCGUUGCCUUCGCUCAAAAUGAAGAAAAGGGAUCCAAAUGUUACACUCGGGUUACAUUUUCAACAGGGUCGCUUGUAAGUGGAAGCAACUACAUUACCCACGAUGCACCUCGAAACGCAGAGAACAGCCGAAAACGAACAACAUCGCGCAUGCUAAGGUUAUUAUCAUGUGUUCGUUAUUGCGGGAGGUCCACCGGUUUGGGAUUGUGCCGAUUUCUUUCCUUUUUCCUUUUUCCUUUUUCUUUGACUUUGACUUUGACGCGACGCGUUUCCGGUACAUUUGGGCGGAGCAUUUGAGUGCCUGCACCCAGAGUGGGAAAAGUCAGCUCCGCGUUCCUGUUUCCGGAAACAAAUGACCGCGCAUAGUUACGAGAGCGUCCAUUGCUGACAAGCGUUGUGAUGGCCGAGCUGGUGAGAAAGAUGACGCCGGCGUGCCUGCUGGUGAUCCUCGUCCUCCUGGCCGCUUGUUGCACAGGCUCCAAAGUUUACAAGAAGGCGGGCGAUGGCGUCGUCCUCAGGCCCGGCGGCGGACCCGUCGACACCGGCCCCCUCACGAGCAUCUUGUGGAAGCACGGGCCCCACAUCGCCGUCGAGUGGGACGGGGACGGGGUCGACGUGUAUCGGCAGUUCAAGGGUCGCGCGACGCUCAACAACGUGAGCGGGGAGCUGACCGUCGCCGGGUUGACUCCAAGCGACAGUGGCACGUACACGCCCGAGAUCAACUUCGUCUCCGCCGCGCCGACUCAUCUUGCCGUUAUCUUGUCCGUCCCCGAGCCCAGUGUGGUAACGUCCUGCGAUGCCGGGAGGACGGUUUGUACGUUGACGUGCGCCGGCAACACCACGGGGGCCGAACCCGUCACAUACACCUGGAUGCUCGGCCAUUCCUUGGAGCCCAACUCGUCCGUGGAGCGCGUCAUUCAAAAGGACGCUUCAAGCGCGGCCGAGAUUAAGUGCGAGCUACAGAAUCCAGUCAGCAUGAAGGCCAGCCCGUCUGCUCAAAACCCGUUCCUCGCGGCGAGUUCAGGGACUCUGAAGGUCAACGCGGGCCUGACCGUCUUCAUCUGUCUCCUGACUGCAAUGGUGCUGCUGGUGCUCAUUCACAAAUGCAGAACAGGGAUGUGGUUCUUCCAGAAAGCGUCCAUGCCGUGGGAAGCAGACUUCUGGAGGAAGCAGGAGAGGCAACUUGAAGGUCAAGGUGCUCACGAGUCGAACGGCACUCCGGCUCGCCAAGAGAAGGCACAAGCGGAAGAGGAAACACCAAUGACGUAGAAGGCCCGAAACCCCAGAUUGGUCUCUUAACAGUUGCACACGCUUUUCUACAGACGUUUGUUCGGAUCGUUUGGAUCCGAGCAAAGCCAAAAAGGGAAAUCGGGCAUGGUGCAGAAUUGAAACGUGAACCCCGGACAAUACCAGGAAAUACUCCAGCGUGUGCGCUAUUGUGCUGGCCAACGUGCCGGACGGGGUCAGCACCAGGGUCGUGGGCGACAAUUGCAUCAUUGUGCAGUUCUGAUCCACUUUUCGUCAUCUGACAUCUUUUCAACACUAACGUUUUUAUCUUUGCAACACUAACGUUUUUAACUCAUCUUGGUCUGUUUUUGUUGUUUACAUAUUCACUCCUUGUUCAUUGGCUACAUGGAGUUUUUCCUAGUGCUGUUUCAGGUUUUAUUGUGUGCUUUUAAAGUAACACCACAAUAGUUUUUGGAGACUGUCUUGCACAUAUUUCAUGUUUGUUUUGUUUACCUUGUAGCGUUUUUAUUUCUUAAGUUAGUGCUCUAUAGAUAAAAUUGAGUAGAGUGUAUUUUAAACUAUAAAAUAAAAUCUUGAAGCAUGG